CAAGCGCGUUUUGGUUCUAGGAGCGCAGAAAAUUGUGAUGUAAAAAGAGAAGAUUAAAUGUUUGUUGAUCAUCAUGGCGAAUCCUAGAAAAUUUAGUGAAAAAAUAGCCCUUCAUAAUCAAAAGCAGGCAGAGGAAACAGCUGCAUUUGAAAAAAUUAUGCGUGAAGUUUCCGACGCAACCAAUAAGGUAAAUUCAAAUAGUAGAAGAACGCGUGUAAAAGCAACUACAGAGUUGGUUGAAAAUGUUGAGCCCCAGAUUGUACAAAGCCAACAGACCAUGGGUUCAUUCCGAAGUGGUUCUCUUCCUAAUGUUGCAGCACCGCAACCACCCUCUACUCAACCAGAGAUCAUAAAGCCAGAGGAAUCAACAAUACCAACACAAUAUGCAAUGUCUGGUGGUAGGAGUGGGGGGAUGUCGCCGUCGCCGAGGUCGCCGGGGCAACGGGGGCGAGCCUCCUCGUCCGUUGGGCCCAUGCGGAGGCCGGCAGAUAGAAAACAUGACACAAGUCCGUAUGGAAGUACAGUUUAUCUCAGCCCGCCGCCGGACAGCAACUGGCGCAGGACGAACUCGGACUCGGCGCUGCACCAGUCGUGCGGGGAGCAGCAGGUGACAGCGCCCCCGCUGUCCCCGCACCACCCGCUGCAUUCCCACGCCCACCCACACCUGCACCCACACCAGAACCAUAGGAGAGCGGCAAAUAUGCACCUCGAUGUAUUGGCGACUCUGGGUAUGAAUCCAACGAAUCGACCCCGAUCGUCGUGUGAAAUACCAAGAAUACCAAACAAUAAUAACGUGUACGAGAGCGGGGGGGACGGUGGGGGCGGCGGCGGCGGGGGCGGGGGCGGCAAGGGCGGCGGGCUGGCGUGCGAGCUGCAGGUGCCCGGCGGCUCGCUGCCCGACCUCACCUCGGUGCACUUCCCGCCGCCGCACCUGCCGCACUACCUGCCGCACCGCGCCUCGCCCGACUACCACCACCACCGAUACAGCCCCAGCUCGGCCGGCGCGUCGCCCGGCGGCGGCAGCGUGUCGCCGGCGACGGGCGGGCUGUCCCCCGCGUCCGGCUCGCCCGUCGGCGCCACCGUGCCGCUGCCCGUGCACGCGCCCGAACACAACAUGUACGACACGCAAAAUCACUUAUCUGUACCAAACACAAAUAAUUAUCUUCAUCAUAGUAAGAAUAUGUCCCCGUUAGACCACGGUUGGCUCGCAUCGAGCUACCAGUCGCAUUGUAGUCCGCCCUCACAAUAUUCGUCCGCAUCAAAUAUUAAUUUGCCUUCACCCACGAUGGCGCACAGUCCGGGCAGUCCUGUAGGUGAAUCAUCACAGACUGACUACAAUAAUCUACACACAGUGCUAUUACAACCCUUCGAGCAAAUAACAAUGCUAGAUCCACCGACGUCGAAUUACAACACGACAUAUGUAAAUCACAGUUCACCGCACUCACCACAGACAACGAAUUCACAACACACAUAUUCAAGGGCGACGGGCGCUCAGCCGACGGGCAGCAUGCACAUGGCGCACGGGUCGCUCACGCACUCGCAGUCGCACUCGCACCCGCACCCGCACCAACAGCACCAACACCAACACCCGCACCAACAGCACCAACAACACCAACACCAGCACCAACACCAACACGUGGAGGAAACGCGGCGAGCACGUGACCCAGUGGCGGGUGGCGGGUACCCGCUGCAACCGCUUGCGUCGCCCUCGCAACCGGCCACGCCCGCCUCGAUACCGGAUAUCAUACUUACGGAUUACUCGGGCGAGCUGGACGCGGGCAUAUUCGGCGGCGAGGAGGCACAGCUGCGCGCGGGGCUCGACCUGGACGACCUCACGCUGCUGGAGGAGCCCAGCGCGCUGCUGCCCGACUCCGCCGUCGAGCACGAGUUCCGCCUCGACCGCCUCGACCGCUUGUAGCGCAGCCCCGACGCGCUCGACGACCUGUGGGCGUGAGCGGCGUUGCCGGACCGCCGGGGCGUGGGCGACGUUGCCGCCCCGCUACACGGUGGCGAUGUUGCCGUGCUGCGCCUCAACUGUGCAACGAUGUCGCAUGUCUCGUGGCCUGAUCUAUGUGAUGCUCGCGUUGGAUGUUCAGAAAAGUUACCGUGGUUCACCUAUAGUGGGACAUUACAUUGUGAUAAUGUGUAUCAGUUCUCAGUGCUUAUGUGAGUGCAGCAUCAUAUAAAAUGGACUCUCGCAAGAUGACUGUCCAGUACGAGAAAGUGUACGUUACUUGAUUUUGACACUUUAACGACGCUUCGUGCAGCUCUUGUGAGACGACCGGCCAUGUACGCUAGGAGCGAGACGCGUGACGUCACGGGGCGGCGGGCGGCGGGCGACGGGCGCAGAGGGACUCCCUAUACUUCAUGACAAUUCUCUCUUCAAGUCUGAGUUAGUGAAUAUAGGAUGCGGCGGCCGACUGCGGCGCGACUCAUCACACAUUCCGCGUGUGCGUGUGCGUGUACGCGCAUCUGUUGCGCACUUACGUUUCGAUGGUGCAAGUGUUCAUUAUGAUUUUGAAUAUUUUACUCAUGUUUUAAUUCAGUGGGUUAGGUUUAAUUAAGAUUUUUUAACGCUCAUUAAGCGAUCGGUGUACAUUAGGACUCUUAAGUAUUGUGAAUAUGUACUCGAAUAUCAUUAAUGAAUUUACUUCAGAUUCCAAAUAUUUUUUCAUUAACGCUAUCUAUACACGACUGGUCGGUCUUUCUCUGUAAAUACAAACGAAGGUGUUCACUUUACGAAAUUGCAUUUAAAUCGCUAACGUUGCAUGCUAGUGUAAACUGUCGUUUAAAUAAUCGUUUACACGAUUUUAUUUACAAACGAUCUUUAUAUUUUUUUAUGUAAUUCGUCAUUCAGCGAUUGCUCAAGCAUUGACUAGAUCUUAAUCCGACUUUGUUUACAUCUGUGUAAAUUUUUUACAUUACAAUUGAAUUCUGUCUCAUGCUUCCCGAGUAUUGUUUGAGAUGACGCUUCGAAUUUCCCGAAUGCGUAUUGAACGUUGUAUCGUAUAUUGUAAAUAUGUGAGUUGUUGAGGUUUUAAUAAGCUUUUGUCGCAAACAUAUCUAUCCAUGUACGUAUGAGAGGCUGCGUGAACCCUUGAGGUCAAUUUUCAAUGCGGUUCUAUUUGACAGUGUACAAAUUGUUCUGUUUAUACGAAUUACAGUGCGAAUAUAAAGUUUUAUUGUUAAAUUUGAACGAAAAUAUGUAGAUUAAGUUUUUAAGGUUCUCUAUGCAAGGAGCUGGCUACACGAUUUGUUAAGUCAACGACUACGGAAUGGUAAAAUUGGUGCCAAAAUGUUAUGAUUUAUAGUUGAAUUGUUUUAUUACCUGGUGUUGGGUAUGACUUAUUUUUUUAAUAUCGAUUUUAUGUAGACUUAAAAUAGUUAUUCAUGCUCGAAGAUGGAAUAUAUUAUAUUAUGUUUUAAUAAAAAAUUGUAGUCGAUGAUGUAAGAAAUCAGUUUGCCGGUUCGCAAUUUCGCUGCAUUCGCCAUAACUAAUGUAAGGUUACCCAUAGUAGUUACAUGUUGUACAAAUUAUUGUCAUAGUUGCGGAUGCAGUGUUCCAGUUAGAUAUAUGUUUUGUUUUGUUAAUGCUCAUCUUAUUACGUUUUAAGAGUCUAGUCAUCAGUUACGAGUUUCAAAGGAAAUAGAACAUAUAUUUGCACAUAUCUUUACUGAAAAUUAAUCUUCGUUGAUUUUCUCAGUGGUUUUAUUCAUUGUAAUGAUUCCUAUUGUCUUAUCCUAUUAUUGCGACGCAAACUUAAUACAUUAUAAUAUAUAUAUAUAUUUUAAGGCAGAUUAUAAUAUGUUUAUGAUAUAGUUCAUGUAAUGCAUAUUUACAUUAUUGUAUGUGGUUAUUGUAUGAAAUUCCAAAGAUAUUUUCUUGUUUUCACAAUUUUUAAACAGUCAAGAGACAAAAUAUUAUCCCAAAUAUGAAGAUUUUUAUUGCCUCGUUUAUUUGUGUAAUGCAAAUUAUUCAUUUACAUUAUAUUGUUGACAUUUUUUCUGUAUUUCCUCAAAGGGGAUAACUGUAUGACAGAUGAUAGAAUGUAUAAAUAACUGUAAAAUAUUUGUGAUAAAGGAAAUAAAUAAGCACAAUUUAAAAGCCUAAUCAGAUGUUAUUGUAAGGUUUUCCUUUAAAAUUUUAUAAGGACCUGUGAUUUACUAUGUGAUAAAGUAAUUUGAAAUCGGAUCAAUUUUAUUAAAGCUCACAAAUGAUUACAAAUAUAAGCAUUAUUGAGAUAUAUUUUUCAAAAUUAAAUUUUAACUGUGAUACUUUUUUAUUUUGCAUUCUCUUCAAAUUGUUCUUUCGCGCACCAAAUUAUAACUGGGAUGAAUGACAAAAAGAUAACUUCAAAUCUCAUUUCGAUUUAAAUUAAUGUAUUGUAUAGUAAAACAUGGGUCCAUAGUUUCAUAAUGUAGACAUAUUAGAGAAUAUUAUAUUUCGUUAGCUUCGAUAGCUUGGCGAUAAUCACUGGAGAUUGAUUAAAUAUAUUAAAAUUAAAUCGAAUUUUAAAAUUUUUUACAUUAAAUAAAUUUAUAAAGUAUCAAAAACAAAGUUACAAGUCAAAUUAUGUUUUUUUAUGGCAUGAAAUUUACAAUUUUCCUAUUGCCUUAUAGAUAUUGACAAUUUUAUAUUAUUAUAUUUCUUGUUUGAAAAUGAGUAAGAAUGGUGAUGUUGUUUAUAGGGAAAAUACAUAUUAUUACGUCACAGGAAACGGUAUUACAAAAUGGUAAUUUGAUUUUAAUUGAUAUUGACAAUUAUUUCAAAAGUAUAUUAUAUUGGGUUAUGUAAUAAUCACAGAUUUAUUAUAGAAUUUUAUUUAUAAAAUUAACGCAAACCUAUAUUAUGUGCAAUACAAGUUUUAAAUAACGUUACAAAUUCUAUUGCUGAGCAGUAAACGAAUCUUUUAUAAAUAAGUAGUUACGACAUUCAAUAAGCUGUUAUUUGUUGAUUUAUGUAUAAAUUCGCGUUGCUAUACUUUAUAUAUUGGAGUAAUGUGCUUUUCACCUUUAUCCACCGCCUACACUAGUACUAUCAAAGUAUCAUACAUUUAUAAGGUUGUGAAAUCUUCAAGACUUACUUUUUUACGCCGUAUAUGGUCGCGGGAUACGCGUGGAAUGCACCUUCCUUCAAACAAUUUUAUUAUAAACGCCACUAUUAAAUACGAUUAUUAUAUCAUUUUUAUUCGUACCUUAACCUUUUGCAUUUGGAUAUAAGUGUAUAGUUAAAAAGCGAUGCAGGAUUAUCUAGCUUUGGACUCGGUUCGACGAGACACCAAAUUGUGGAAUGGAGUGACUCUACAACCUCCUUAGCUGUAUUUGAUCGAUUUAUAUGACAUUAAAUGUAAGACAUAAAUGUUUUUUCUCAAAUAUGCACAAACUUAUUGAGGAUUUUUGCAGUAAAACGUUUCAGUGGUUUGUUUUAUUUAAACCAAAUGUACAUAUUAAGUGUGAUAGAGAUGAAACGGUCUCAUUUAAGAAUAAAAUUGUUGUAAGUA